CCUCGCUCCCUCCCUCCUUCCCGCUCGCCUUCCCUCCCUCCUCCCCGGUGCCGCAGCUGGAUUUCGGGGGCAGGCUUCCAGCGCUGCCCGCUUGUUUUUCCCGAGCCCGGGUGAGUCCCGCGCCGCGGCGGGAGCUGGGCGCCGCGCUCCGCCGAGCUGUGCGGGAGUGAUUUUGGGAAGAGGGUGAGGAGGGAGCCCGCGGGACCGUCCUGGGCACAGGCAGGUGGAGGAUGAACGGCGAAGCCGAGUGCCCUGCAGACCUGGAAAUGACAGCUCCCAAAAACCAAGACCGCUGGUCGCAGGAGGACAUGCUGACCCUCCUGGAGUGCAUGAAGAAUAACCUGCCCUCCAACGACGGGAGCAAGUUCAAAACCACCGAGUCCCACCUGGACUGGGAAAAAGUGGCUUUCAAGGACUUCUCAGGGGAGAUGUGCAAGAUGAAGUGGAUGGAGAUUUCUAACGAGGUGAGGAAAUUCCGGACCCUCACAGAGCUCAUUAUGGAUGCUGAAGAGCAUGUGAAGAAUCCUUACAAAGGCAAAAAGCUCAAGAAACAUCCCGACUUCCCCAAGAAGCCCCUGACUCCCUAUUUCCGCUUCUUCAUGGAGAAGCGAGCCAAAUACGCCAAGCUUCACCCCGAAAUGAGCAACCUGGAUCUCACCAAGAUCCUGUCUAAGAAAUACAAGGAGCUUCCUGAGAAGAAGAAGAUGAAAUAUAUCCAGGACUUCCAGAGAGAGAAGCAGGAGUUUGAGAGGAACUUGGCGAGGUUCAGGGAAGACCACCCGGAUCUCAUCCAGAACGCCAAGAAAUCCGACGUCCCCGAAAAACCCAAGACCCCCCAGCAGCUGUGGUACAACCACGAGAAGAAGAUCUACUUGAAAGUGCGUCCAGAUGUGAGUACGGCCACCACGAAGGAGGUGAAAGAGUCGCUGGGCAAGCAGUGGUCUCAACUCUCGGAUAAAAAGAGGCUGAAAUGGAUUCAUAAGGCCCUGGAACAGCGGAAGGAGUACGAGGAGAUCAUGCGGGAUUACAUCCAGAAGCACCCAGAGCUGAACAUCAGCGAGGAGGGGAUCACCCGCUCCACCCUCACCAAGGCCGAGCGGCAGCUUAAGGACAAGUUCGACGGACGACCCACGAAGCCACCCCCGAAUAGCUACUCCCUGUACUGUGCAGAGCUGAUGGCCAACAUGAAAGAUGUGCCCAGCACGGAGCGGAUGGUGCUGUGCAGCCAGCAGUGGAAGCUGCUCUCCCAGAAGGAAAAGGAUGCCUACCACAAAAAGUGUGACCAGAAAAAGAAAGACUAUGAGAUCGAGCUGCUCCGCUUCCUGGAGAGCCUGCCCGAGGAGGAGCAGCAGCGGGUGCUGGGCGAGGAGAAGAUGCUGGGCAGCAAUCGGAAAGGGGCGACGAGUCCUGCAUCCAAAAAAUCCUCACCAGAGACCGGCAAGGCCAGCUCAGAGAAGCCCAAGCGGCCCAUCUCAGCCAUGUUCAUCUUCUCGGAGGAGAAGCGGAAGCAGCUGCAGGAGGAGCGGCCGGAGCUGUCGGAGAGCGAGCUGACCCGGCUCCUGGCCCGCAUGUGGAACGACCUCUCCGAGAAGAAGAAGGCCAAGUACAAGGCGCGGGAGGCGGCGAUGAAGGCACAGUCGGAGAAGAAGCACGGCUCGGAUAAAGAGGAGCGCGGGAAGCUGCCCGAGUCUCCCAAAACUGCCGAAGAGAUCUGGCAACAGAGCGUCAUCGGGGACUACCUGGCUCGUUUCAAGAACGACCGGGGCAAAGCGCUGAAGGCCAUGGAGGCCACUUGGAACAACAUGGAAAAGAAGGAGAAACUGAUGUGGAUCAAGAAGGCGGCGGAGGAUCAGAAGCGAUACGAGAGGGAGCUGAGCGAGAUGCGGGCCCCUCCGUGCUCCACCAACUCCACCAAGAAAAUGAAGUUCCAGGGAGAGCCAAAGAAACCCCCCAUGAACGGUUACCAGAAGUUCUCCCAGGAGCUCCUGUCCAACGGGGAGCUGAACCACCUCCCGCUGAAGGAGCGGAUGGUGGAGAUCGGCAGCCGCUGGCAGCGCAUCUCCCAGGGCCAGAAGGACCACUACAAAAAGCUGGCAGAGGAGCAGCAGAAACAGUACAAGGUGCACCUCGACAUCUGGCUCAAGAGCCUCUCGCCCCAGGAGCGGGCUGCGUACAAGGAGCACAUUUCCAACAAACGCAAGAGCAUAGGGAAGAUCCGGGGUCCCAACCCCAAGAUGAAGCCAACGAUGCAGUCCAAGUCGGAGUCAGAGGAUGAUGACGAGGAGGAAGAGGAGGAGGAAGACGACGAUGAAGACGAGGAUGACGAUGAUGACAACGGCGACUCGUCAGAGGAAGGCGGCGACUCCUCGGAGUCCAGCAGCGAGGAGGAGAGCGAGGACGGGGAUGAGUGUGAAUGCCGAGUAAGUCACCAGAGUCAAAGCUUUACACCGGUGCAACUGAAAUCAGAGUAUGCUGGAUGGCGCUGGGGCCAGAAACCGUGUCCGUGCCUUGUGCUCGCCACCGGACAGAACGACGAGGAUGAUGAGGAUGAGGAUGAUGAGGAUGAGGAUGACAACGACUCGGAGGGCAGCAGCAGUUCCUCCUCCUCUUCGGGGGACUCCUCCGACUCCGACUCCAACUGAUCGGCCAAGCUCUUCGUAACGUCGUUUGGUUUCUCGGUUUCGGUCCCAAAUCCCCCCUGCAGCCCCUCAAAAUCCUUCCUUCUCUUCCUCCUGCCCCCCCGUGGUACCCCCAACGCGGGGAGCGGGGGCCGGGGGGACCCCUCCGCCAAGCUCACACUACGGAGGGGGAUCAGGGGCUGCUUCCCCCAGGCCGGGGGGCGAGGAGAGAGCCCCCCACCCCUGCCCCCUGCUUUACUCCCGAGGGAAAGCGAUUUUUUUUUGGAAUUUCAUUCUUUCCAGGGGGAUGUCUCUCCAUCCCUACCCCCAUAACCCCCUCGCUACCAGCUCCGGACUUUCUAGAAAGAGAAGAAAAACACACAGGAAAAAAAAAAAAACCAACAACACCCCCCCAUACCUUUUUUUUAAUUAAAAAUCCCAGAAAUGGGAAGAAAAUCCCCUCCCCACGCAGCCCCUCCGGCAGCGGGCGCGGAGCACGAGCCGAGGCGCUCAGGACUCAGCCGAUGGGACAAUGCCUCCUUGCAACCCCCCCAGCCCUCUGCGCACCCCCAGCAUCUUGGGGGUCCUCCCCACCCCCCAAAAAAACCUUGUACAGUCUGGAAGCUGCCCCGGGAGCUGCCCGGGAACUCCACAUCCACGGCACUUGGGAGCGCCGGGGACGGCCAGGACGGUGACCCGCGGCGUGUCCCCGAUGGGGUGGGAGGGGCGUGGGGAGGGGGCGUGUGUGUGAGUGCGAGUGGGAGCCGGGGGGGCACCGGGGCCGCCCCCCCCCGGGGCCGGCGGCUCAGCGUGACCAAGGGGGGGCGCGGGGUCCCCCCGCUCUGUUGUCGGUGGUUGUUGUGCCGUUGUAUUUUAUUUUAUUUCGUUUUUGGUUUUUUUUUCCUUUUUAUAAAACAAGAAAGAUCCAUCUUUUAUUUUUCAUUUCCCCCGCCCCGUUUCCCCCCCACCCCCCCACCCCUUUUCCUUCCCACCCCUGUCCCCCGUUUUCCUCUCGGUCUCUGCUGAAGCUGCUCCUCUCCCUUCACCCCAAAUCCUGGGGGGGACCAGAGCUCCCCUUGCCCCAGUCAGCCCCAGUUAACCCCAGUUACCGCCAGUUCGCGUCCCCCCCGGGGGUCUCAACCCCCCCGGGCCAUGCUGUAAAUAUUGGUGCGGUUUGGGUUUAUUUUGGGGGGUCAAUGCCCCCCUCCCCGGGAGGGGGAUGGGGCCGCGGGGACCAGGGUGGGUGCAUGGGGGGUCUGUCAGGGGCCCCCCUUUUUUUUAAGCAGACACGAGCACCAGCAAUCCCACGGCACCUCCCCGCAGGGUUCUGUCCCCCCACCCCGUGCCACCCCCAAAAACCCACCCAGUGUCAUUGGGGACCCCCACCCUAAUUGGGGGGGGCUCAAGAUUUGUUCUUUCUGCCCCUCUCCCAUCCUGUCCCUGGAGAGGACUUGGGCUGGGGAACAGGAUUUGGGGGGCCCCAGAGAAGGGGAUGGGGGGCUUGAGGGGGCUUUUUCUCUCUAGGGCUGUAAUUUAGCCAUUUUUCUCUUCAGCCGAAUCUCUGCAGGGGCUUGGGGGGGCAGAGGGGGGCUCUGCUGCAGGUUUGGGGUUUUGAGGGGAGUCCCUACCCCCCCCCAGCUCUGUAACACCCCCCAGGUUUGCUGCUCUCAGCACCCCAAAUCCCCCACAAAGACAUUGGGGAACCCCUCGAUGCUGAGGGGGAGGUGGGGGCAACACCCCUUUUUCCUGGCCUCAGUUUGGGCUGAAAAAACACCAUUUUGGACAAACUGACCCCAAACCUGGGGGGAAGGGGGUGAACCCGGGUGCUCCCGCACGGACAAUCCCCCCGUGUCCCCCCCGGGACCGGGGCCCCGAAGAGAACCCAGAUGGUGUCCCCCCCCCAGUGUCCGUCUGUCUGUCCCUCUGUUUCCUCCUCCCACUUCCCCCAAUCCAUUUGGGAUUUUCCUUUCAUUUUCUUCCCAAUUUUUAAUCGCCACCCCUCCCAAAAUCCCCUAAGGGGAACCCCCCCCAUCCCUUUUUUUCUGCUGAAUGUACCCAGCACCGUCGUGUUUUAGUGGAUGUGUUUUUACGACAAAAAAAAAGACAAAAAAAAUUCAACCCCACCUUUUUUUUCCCCACCUUUUUUUCUGUUAAAAAAAAAAAAAAAGUUAAAAAAAAUUAAAUAAUAAAAAAGAAAAAUUCUUACAGCGCCGACAAUUUGGGAGGGGGUGGAAAGACGUUUGCGCUGCAAGAGAAUUCCUGAGUGCAUUUUGGCACUGCCACAAAAUCCCGGGAUCCUUUAGAUGGAAGUUCUUGUGAAUUACGUUAAAAAAAAAAGGCAAAAAAACACCAAAAAAAAAAAAUCAU